UGGGGGGAGGGGCUGAAGGCCGUGGUGUUUUUUCGUAUUUCGAGAGGGAGUUUGGCGCGAGCGUUGCGCGGGAAAAACUAAAAAAAAACCGACGGCGAGAGAGAGGAGCGCGAGCAAGCGGUACGGAAACCACUCGUACAACUUAUUCACUAGCUCUCCCUCUCUCUCUUUCCCCCCCUCUCCCUAUUUCCUCUCGUUCUCCUCACAACACCUCGCUCGUGCGGUGGUAGUGGUGGUGGUGACUAACGCGCGAAGAAGAUCUUCCACGGCCAUCGUAGAGCGUCCCGGGGCCGCGCGGGGCGCGGGGGGGAGACGCCUUCUUCAAAACCAGUGUGCAGGAAUGAGCUCUGGGGGGAGUGAGAAUACUGGGAACCAGGUGACCCUACUAUGGUCCAAAGAACAGAAGGAAAACUGGCCAGGCGACGUGGUAAGGAAAAUCCCAAAGACUCCAAAGAAGCAUGAGUUGGCGUUGCAGAUCGUCAACUGUCAAGGGGACAGAACGCCGACCAAGCCGCAAUGCGGCGAAGAUGAGCCUUGGGUCACGCCCAAGCGGAGGAGGAGUACUUCCCCGUGGUCCACCAAGGCUGGCACCGACCCCUUGACCCCCACAGCAAAUUUAAAGAUGCUCAUCAGUGCGGCCAGUCCAGAAAUCAGGAACCUGGAAAACCGAAAGAAGGUUCUCUUUCGGCGUCUUGAUAACGUGUUGGAUGACGAGAGCUCGCAGGAUACAUUUUUUGGAGAGGAAUUUGAGCGCUCAACUGGCAGCCGAAAAGAAAAAAGCCUGGGUCUGCUUUGCCUCAAGUUCCUGGCCCGCUAUCCAAACUACCCGGCCUCUACCUCUCGCUACACCAUUUCCCUGGAUGAAGUUGCUGCUGAGCUCAGUGUCGAGCGACGGCGGAUAUACGAUAUUGUGAAUGUACUGGAGAGCUUGGAUCUAGUUAGUCGUGCCGCCAAAAACCGCUACUCGUGGAAUGGGCGGCACAAACUGCCAAGCACACUCGCCUUGCUGCGCCAAGCUGCCCAGCAGCAGGGCUUCGCCGCUCUGGCCAAUCGCUUCCAAGACGGUGACGCGGAAACCUGUACGCACGAUGACUCCAACACGCACAGUCAGAUGGAGCUCAAACGGCCACCCAAGGCUGAGUUCAGCUCGCUGCAGCAGGAUAAGCGUCCCAAGCCGAGUGGUGGUCGGAAGGACAAGUCUCUGAAAGAAAUGAGCAAGAAGUUUGUGAUGCUUUUCCUGGUGGUGAGGAACAAUGUGGUAUCACUGGAAAUGGCUGCCAAGGUUUUGCAGGGAGGAAGCCAGUUUGAUGUUCGAGACAACUGCAAGCUUAAGACUAAAAUCCGACGGCUAUACGACAUCGCGAACGUGCUGACGAGUCUGAGCCUCAUCAAGAAGGUGCAGGUGAUGGAGGAUCGAGGGCGCAAGCCUGCCUUCCAGUGGGUAGGCCCUGAAAACCUGCCCGAGGUCAACGAAUUUGCUGUCGUCAAUGCCGUGCCAGUACAACUUGUGACUGCGACUGUGCGUGAAGCAGUAGCAGGGGAGGUGUUGAGUGUGAAGGUGUCCAGCCCCAAGGUGGCCCGUCGUGUGCCACGUGAUGGGUUUGUGCGCCACUCCUCUUUUCAAACCAGCAGUAGCGGCAUCGAGGCUGAACACAGGAAGAUCAGCUCGGCACCAUGCAGCCCCAUCAAACGUCAUUCUGAUGCCUGCUGUCUUGGGCUAAACGAUCUAAGCAGAAUGGACCAGCUGGCAACUAUUUGCAAGUUACACCUGGAAGCACAGCCCAGCGAGGGAGUGGCAAGCCAGAACUUGCGGCAGCACGCAAAGCCGCUGUCAGAGGCCCAGGCACCGACAGGGAAAGUGCAGCACACUGCAUCUGUAUCUCAAGCCCAGGUGGUGAGCAGUACAAACUCCGUAAUUGGACGUGUGGCCGAGCAAAAUGGCUCCUCUCCUCCAUGUGAAUAUCAUGAGAAGUCGGCAUGUGGUUUGGAGGCUAAGGUUACUUCCCAACAAAAAGUCAAGCAGCCAUCCCUUAAUCCACAAGCACCAAGUACAGCAAAAAUACAGGCUGCAUGUGAAAACAACAUGGUCUUCAUAAAUGGUUUCCAGCCUGUGGGAUACAUUAACUCCAUACCCUUCACCUCGGUGACCAGCCCUCAGGAAUCUGGCCAGGGCAAAGCUAAUGGGCUUAAGGCCAUACCCAACCAGUACUAUUACAUUUCUCCGCCUGCAGGUUCUCAUCCUAUGCUGGCAUUCUGCUCGCCAACACUCGCUGGGAUACGGAUGCAGCAAGGCAUACAGCUGUCCCCGUCUGCGUGUUCUCCCUUGACACUCAUCAAGCCACCAUUGUCACCUCAGUCCAAUUAUGAGGAGACGCUCAAGCCGCUGUCACCAGCGCUGCAGGCACACCAAGGCCAGCCCUUUACCAUUAUCAUGCACUCGCCCCAGGCCGGCACGCCAAAGAGCACCCACAUCCCGAAUAUGUUGGUAGAUCACCUGUUCCGGACCCCCGGGGAGCUGCGUCUGGGCCUCGCACCUGCUGUCCCAGUGCGAACAGGACCGGGGGGUGGCUCCCUGUUGUCCUCCUCCCGUGGGGAGCCCUCGCUCAUCCCUCAGCGACGUCUUAACCUAGAUGACAGUUGAUGGGGGGACGAUAGCCAGUCAGGGCAGCUAUACGUUGGUGCUAAGGUUAUUAUAUACGUGUAGGAAGGCGUAUAAUACGAGAAUCUUCAUUGUUUGUCAUUUCUUGUUGGAAGGUAAAAUUGGUGUGGGGUAAUGUUGCGAUUUUUGGUGGUAACUUUGAUUGUGUCACGAACUAAUAUAAAUACAUACAAUACAAAAUAGUUAUGCUUUGAGUAUAUUGCAUUUCAUGGCUAAUGGACAAUUAAUGCAUAUAUGAGGAAAGAGGUAUUAUUUUUGAUUACACAUUGCAAUUUCUGGCAGAUUUUGCAUUAUUCAUUACAAUUGAACCCCAGACUAAGGACCACUAUACAUUUUUAAACCAAACUAAGAAUCACAGCUGCAGAAAUGUUUACUCAGCACUAAUCAAGCUCUGAUGUAAUGUAUGUAAAAAGGUCAGCAUUAAUGUGUUUGCUAAUCAAAAUAACUGUUAACCUUAGAAUCUUCAACAAUGCAAAAACAACACUUCCAAAAAUUGUAAACUGAGAUUAACUUCAACCGUUGAAUCUUCUUAUUGUUGCAUAUGAGUUUGCUUGUGUUGUCGUUGCCUGUGUUGUGGGAUUUGGUGUCUGCUUAUAAACGUUGGCUCUGCUGUAGUAAAUUUUUAUAUACCCUUUGGACCAUUUGAAAAAUCGAAUUACGAUGUUUAUAUUGUGUACAAAGCAAUUGUAAGAAUUUAGCUUUUCGUGUAAAAAUGUUUAUUUCUUGCAGCAUACACUUGCAUGUUUAUUAAUUUUAUACCCAUUUCUUUAAUCUUUAUUCACAUUGAUUACAUAUUUAAUCUUGUGAAGCUUGUUUUAAAAAA